UCUAUGCCGAGGUCGGGUGACGCCCCUCCCCUGCUUCUCCAGCAUCAGCACCCUCCACAAACGAACAAGGCGGAUGGAAACGGAUGCUCUCCGGUCCGCGAUGCUCACCAGCUCAAGAAGACAUAACGAUGAUAACCGAGAGACUCUCGAGCAGCUGGGUAGAGUCACUGUUUUCUUCACGUUUAUGCCGCCUCACUGCCUCCAUUCAUGAUGCACCAUUCAUUCAUCCUCAAGAAUGGUAGCACACUGCGAGGAAAACAUUAAAAUAGUCUGUCUUAGCCCUGUAGCCUUUAUAAGACACAUCCUCGCUCAUUUGAUGAAGCUUCUUUUCAUGUAGGUCAAGGUGAUGAAGAGCCCGGUUUUUGUCUUUUGAGGGCACCGCGCGAAUGUAGGGCUAAUACAGGAAAAGCCAAGCAAACAAAAGACAUCCAGCCCCCCUCCUCUGACGCACCUCGCUGCCCUGUCGCCACUUGACAUGACAGCGCAGAGCCGGGAGCAGAGCAGCAGGAUCAAGGGGCACCGACGUGCAGCCGGACGUGUGGACUCGACAAGGGAUAGAGGAGCCUCCGGACGCACGGCGGAGAAGCAGCAGCCCAGGGGAGGCCGGAUUGCAGUUCCUGGGGACGAGCGCCAAGGGCAGUGCGGCAGUCAGCAGGCAGACCGGGGGGAGGAGGCUGCGGAGAUCUGUGAUACUUCCCCCCCAGGCCCCACUGCGCUCUCACCUCCACAUCAUCCUGGACAUAUGAUAGUGGACGUUUUUAUGUUUGAUCAAUGGUGACUCCUUUUUUCCCUUCCCAACCAAUCAGUGAUGAUGGGCAAUUGAGAGAUUAGAUCUGUUCUUCAGGCAAGGGUGGAAACGGGAGGGGACUGAUGUGCAUACUGGCCAGGUACACUUUGCUCCCUUCUUCCCUGGUUUUGUUCAUUUUGCUUGUCGCCUGCACCAUGGGCUGUAUUCAGAGCAUUGCAUGCAAGCCCCGCAUCAGACGGGAGAACAUUGUGGUGUACGAGGUGUCAGCCUCUAUUGACCAGUGUCCCACCAUCAUUGAGGAGAACUCACCGAUUGUGCUCCGUUACAAGACGCCUUACUUCAGGGCCUCAGCAGGGGUUGUGAUGCCACCAGUGCCCCGCAAUGAAACCUGGGUGGUGGGCUGGAUCCAGGCUUGUACCCAGAUGGAGUUCUACAACACAUAUGGUGAUAUUGGCAUGUCCAGCUGGGAGUUACCAGAGUUGCGAGAGGGUCGGGUCAAGGCCAUCAGUGACUCAGACGGCGUCAGCUACCCCUGGUACGGCAACACCACAGAGACAGUCACCCUGACCGGGCCCACGUCCAAACCAUCCCGUCUGACAGUCAGCAUGAAUGACAACUUCUACCCCAGCGUGACCUGGGCAGUGCCCAUCAGCAACAGCAACACGCCCAUGCUGACCCACAUCACCAGGGACCAGAGCUUCAUCACCUGGCUGGUGGCCAUGAACUCUGUCACCAAGGAGCGUAUCGUGUUGCAGACGGUGCGGUGGCGGAUGCGGGUGGACAUUGCUGUGGACCCAGACAUGCCUCUGGGCUCGCGGGCCUCUUUGGUGGGUCGUCCCUACCAGGAGCAACCGCACAUCCUCAACUACCAGGAGCCCAUCCCUCCCAACGCGCUGGGGAGGCCGAAUGCCAACGAUGCCCAAGUGCUAAUGUGGAGGCCACGGAGAGGGGCGCCACUAGUGGUCAUACCGCCAAAAUAAGAGGGUUAAAAGGUUGAACAGAACAAAGUAUAAUUUGUUCCCUUGUGCAGAAGAGGGGGUAUGAAGGUGACGAAGUCAUGAAGCCUAUCAGAGAAGAGUGAAGAAGAGUGAACUGAUGGUUUCCCUGUUCUCUACAUACCAGUGGCUUAUUACCCCUGAAAGAUUUAAGUGGACCAUUAUAACAAGCGUGGAUAUGUUGGAUCUGACACAGUAUGGUGUCAGAACGGAACUUGUGUCAAGGGCCCCCGGCUUUCAUCAAGGCUUAUUUGGCCCCAACAAGUUUUGGACCGCAUUAAAGAGUUCUGCCUGCUUUUUAGCAAAGAAGGAACGCUGUUUUUUUAGACGUACCACAGAGGUAUUAGAUCACAACGAGAUCUGCAUCCUGCAUCCUUAUGUAGAUCUUAUUGCAUGAGAGAGUGAGAGAGAUACAAAAACUGUCCUUGAGAAGUUUAAGAAUAGCAUUUGUUUUUUCUAUAACUUGAUACCUGAAGACAUUUUGAUUGAAAAGUCAGCCAAAAAAACCCUGCGGGCUGUUUAAACCUCGUCAGUGCCAACAUAGGCCUUCUUCAGCACACUCAGUACCAGAGUUAAAGGAUGUAUUCAGAAGACUUAAAGAGACAAAGUAGGCUAAUCUCUUUAGUUUAAGAUAAAUCAUGCAUCAAUCAGAUUGUAUUAAGAACACCCACCUUGCAUAAAAGUCUGGAAGAAAACCAAAUCUGCAGUAGUUUUCGCUUGAGUUUUGCUAAUACACCAACAUAUUUUCAACUUACACGCCUCCGUAGUGCAGCUGAUAUUGUAUUCAGAUGGGUGACAAACUAUCAGAGAGAUGAGCUGGACCUGUUAACAAAAUAAAUAAAUAACAUCAACUAUACCUUCAAUAAGUGCAGUGUAAAUGACUUGGAAUAGUGCCAAACAACACAUUUAAAACAAGAGGGUGAUAGCAGUCCAGGCUGCAUAUAUCAUAGCUGGAAUGGAGCCGAAUUGUACACAGACCUAAGGUAGACUUGAUGUGGCACUAAUCAGGCCAUGUUGCACCAACAUGUUACACAUAAAUCUUACAAUCAGGGAAUCCAAAUGUACUCUUAACAGUUUCCUUGGAGUGGAAUUAAAUCAGACUGCAUUUUGAAGAGGAUUUAUUUGAAUUCCUGCCAUUUUUCAUUAACGCUGGUUGUAAGAGGUCAUAUCGCACUUUCUCCUUAUAUCAUUAGCGUACAUUAUAUUGCAGUAGGUUUCUGCAGAUAAUCACAGAUGAAGGCCUUCCUGGGUCACGACUAUGGCCUGUCCAGUGGCUCAUCCUGGGCUCAGUCCAAGUCCCUGCCUGCCACUCCAUAAACAAGUCACAUGACUCAUCCUCCAUCUGUGCUUCUCUCCAGGUUCACGUCCUCAUCUUCCCAUCUGCCUGCUCGUUUUCUCCCCUGUCUGUCCACCUGAUCACACACACUAUCUCCUUCCAAAUGCACACUUUUGCUCUGAAAUCCACAACUAUGCAAAGAUAAUCUGGGACUCUGUAAACAAAAAAAAAAACCACAACAACAAACAGGCAAAAUAGGAAAGACGUGUUUUUUUUGUUCUUCUGCCUCAAAUCAGUUUUUAUUUGUCAGGGACACUGUUGAAUAAAAAUGGCUUUUACUACCAUGUAAAAUACUCAACGAGGUUAAAAUAGGUUAUGUUAAUUCAGUGUUUCUACAUUUGUCGUGGCACGGCAGCCCAUUCAGCCAUCUGUUGCUAUAGAGACUGGUUUGGUUGUUCUGGGUGCACUGCAACUGGAAUUGAAAAAAAAAAUUCAUGGGUGUGCCUAUCUGUGUGUGUGUGUGUGUGUGUGAGAGAGAGAGAGAGAGAGACACACACACACACACACAUACAGCUCCAUUUUAUCCAUUAAUUUCAAUUUGACGUAAGAAAGAAGAUCAAGGCAGAGCUGGUUGUUUCAGCAUAAAAGACACCUUAAUUCAGUCAUUUGUUCUUACAUAAAGACCUUUACUUUGCAUUUAAAUAACAGCAGAAUGAGUGCUUUUUAUAUAAAUACUGACUGUGAGCAGCAAGGUAAAACCAGUCAUAU